AUGCAGCCGCAAGAUCCCGCCGCCGCCGCCGCUCUCGAGGCCUCCUCGGCCGCUGCGCAGGCCUUCAGCUACGACCCGGCCUCCUACCAGCAGUACGCGCAGGAGCGCGCGCUGCACGACCAGGCCGUGCACAGCUCCAUGGCCGCCGUCAGCGGCUCCGCGCCGGCCACGCAGCCCAAGGCCGAGCCCGUCCCGGCCCCGAACUCGCGCUCCAAGAUGGAGGCCACGUCCGCCAGCACGUCCCCCACCAGCGUCACGAAGGUCCAGACCGCCUCCCCCGCCACAGCCGCUAACGGCGCUGCCGCCAAGCCCGCGGCCGCGGCUGCUCCGGCCCGUAACGAGUCGCUCAAGUCCAACCGCCUCUGCACCAUGCCCGGCUGCACCAAGCGCGUGCGCUCCAAGGGUCUCUGCAAGGCUCACGGUGGCGGCCGUCGCUGCAUGGUCGACGGCUGCGAGCGCAGCAGUCAGGGCCAGGGCCUCUGCAUCCGCCACGGCGGAGGCAAGCGCUGCACGCAGCCCGGCUGCACCAAGGCGUCCCAGUCCAACGGCCUGUGCAAGGCCCACGGCGGUGGCCUGCGUUGCCAGAGCCCCGGAUGCACCAAGAGUAGCCAGGGAGGAGGUUUCUGCCGCGCCCACGGCGGUGGCCAGCGAUGCGAGAAGGAAGGAUGCAACAAGGGCGCCCAGCGCGGGGGAUUCUGCGCUGGCCACGGUGGCAGCCGCUUCUGCCAGCACCCGGACUGCACCAAGAACGACCGCGGCGGAGGCUUCUGCGCCGAGCACGGAGGCGGCAAGCGCUGCGACCACGCCGGCUGCAACAAGCCCGCGCGCAAGAAGGGCAAGUGCUCCUACCACGCCAACGCCGCCAAGGGCAAGCUCCCCAAGGACCAGCUCGCGACGGCCGGCAUGCCCGGUGCUUCUCUUCCUCAGCACAUGAUGGAUAUGCGACAGAUUACUACGCCGACGUUCGCAAUGGGUGUCAAGGAUUUGCGUGACCCACACAUCGCCGGCCAAGUGGACUCUCGCGCCGCGUACGUGCAGCAGCGAGUGGAGAUGGACAUGCGCUACAAGGGCUACGAGGCGCCGAACGCCGGCCAGUACCUGCAGAUUCACGCCGACCAGCGGUCGUACGAGCCCAUCAGCCUGCAGCAGGCUGGCGGCGCCGCGCGUCACUACAUGCCGGUGGACAACAACGCUCUGCCGCCCGUAUCCGGCAGCAUGUACAAGCCCGCUGGUACCAUGGAGCGUCAGGCUUACGCGCCCCGCACCGCCGAGCAGAUGAAGAACCCGUACACGCAGCACUGGGCCGCCAAGCCGGAGCUGCCCCAGCACCACCCGGACGGAAGGGUUGACUAUUUCGAAGUGAACAAGGAGCAGCAGCAGCAACAGCAGCAACAGCCGAACCACCACCUGCCGUACCCGGCCCAGUCGACGCAGUACCACCACCACCUUAGCGCCGCAGACUCCGCCGCCGCCGCCGCUGCGGCCUACGGUCAGCAGCAGCAGCAGGCUCCGCGUGGAUACUACACUCAGCAGUCCGCCCAGGCCCCCGCAUCCAGUGAACAGUCUGCGUCCCAGCAGCAGCAACAGCAGCAGCAGCCCAACAUGAUGUAUUACUCGGCCAACGGGUACCCGCAGCACCAGAUGCACAACCUGCAGCAGCAGCAGAUGCAGAUGUUAUAA